AACAACGGUGCUCCAGGAAAAGAUGGAGAACCAGGCAAAGAUGUUGAACCGGGCGCUCACUUUGAGGAUAUCUGCAUGAAUUGUCCGCCAGGACCACCAGGCGAAAUCGGCAGUCCCGGGCUGAAAGGACCGCCUGGAGCACCUGGACCUGUAGGCUUACCCGGAUAUUCAUCGUAUCAGCCGGGUCCACCGGGUCCACCCGGUCCACCUGGUCUUGUAGGCCUUCCUGGUCCUCAGGGCCCGAAAGGUGCACCAGGCCGUGACGGCACUAUUAUUCCAGGUUUGUCUAUAGUAUCCUCAUAG